CGGAAAAUCUGCAGGUGUGAACCUGGCUUUACUAUUGAAUUCUUCUUGGGGGGGGGGGAUUUCAUGGCGAGACCCUCUCCUUCCAUACAAUACAGGAAGGCGUCCUGUCUCUUUAAGAGGCGGAGUCACUGGACGUGCAAAGUGAUGACAUCCCCUUUAACGUCUGCUCUUAAAGGGAUGGUCGUAAAGCCGCUGGAAUGAGGUCCAAUAAGGGGGGGAGGGAUGGGAAAGAGGCGAAAGAUGGCUGAGCGGCUCCCAGGGAGCUCUACCUGGUUGGCUGAACGUCUGGAGGCGCGGGCAGGAGACGGAGCGCCCUCCAUGUUCUCUAACGGAAGCUGAACGGCUGUGUGCGCCGCUGCUCCGAGCAGAGCCCUCCCCGGACUGUGGAGCGAGCAGGACCGGGAGCCGCCGCCGCCGCCGGAACUGCAGCUGGCACUCCGCGGCCCGGGCAUAAACGUUUCCUAUAAUCUGUUAUCUAACUUACAACACUGAAUGGAUCCUGAAGUGUGGAAAAUGGCGGCAACCAGCUUCAAAAUGAUGAAUCCUCAAAAAGGCAUAUUUGCACCAAAAAGGCUCCAAGUAAAUCGUGACCAGUUCAUAUCUACCGAAAGACUUAAGAAGCCAACCAAUCUUGUGUUUAGUGAAGAAUAUAUUACAGUAGAAGAUAAAGCUAUACAUGCCCAUGGUAAAACCAGUUGUGCAAAAGUGUUCAAAUCCGUUGAGCAUGGUGAAAUAAAAACUUGUGUUCGGCAAAGGGAAAUGGUCUAUAAACCAUCUGUAGUUAGGACUGACUUAAUGUCUAAGAGCUUAGCACUUAAAACCUCUGGAGUGGAGUCUCAGAAUGUGAGGAAGUUGCCCUAUGAGGUACAUCAUAAAAGACUCCCUAUUCUGGUGCGCGACAGUGGUCACACUUUUAUUCCACAAAGACAAGAAAGGAGCUCAGCACUUUUGAGACAAGAUGGAAGGAUCAAAUGCAGUGAAGUAAAAAAUCUAGUUUCAAACCAUUGCGCCAAGACUAAAAGUAUCAAGACAAAUGUUCUCAAAGAAGAACCAAUGUUCCAAAGUAUUGGAGAUGCUCAAUGUCGUGAGGGCGAUCUUCAAAAAGGAGUUCCUUUUAAUGAUUCCAAUAAGACGUUCCUAGUAAAAAACAUUCCAUACCGUAGUGACACCAGUGACCCGUGUAAAAGGAUAAAGAUAAGUAAUGUAACCUCGGUGUGUAAUGUAGGGAGAAUAUGCCAGAAGGUGGUGGAUGAACUGCCACGUAGGCAAAUGCCUACCAUAAGUGGUGCACAGACCUAUAGUGAUGUUUCGUGUAAGACUGCAACAAAUGGUAUUCUGAAGGAUAAAUGUAAAAGUCCACCACCUGAUGAAAUAAAAGGAGGGAUCACAAACAAAGAAAAGAACAAAAGCGAAGGAAGCUCUACGCGCAAACGAUUUCUGCUUAUUGACAGUCAAGGAGUGCCGUACACGGUGGUUGUAGAAGAACCUACAGAUGGUACACCCACUGAGGUCUCCAAGUCUUUAGCCCCGCGGAAGGUCUAUAAAUGUCCAGUGUGCUUUAGAAUAUUUGAGUAUCUUUCCUAUCUGCAGCGGCACAGCAUUGCUCACUCCCAACAGAAGCCUCACGUCUGCAAGGUCUGUGGUAAAGCCUUUAAAAGAACUUCACAUCUCACCCGACACAAGUACACUCAUUUUGGCGGGAAACCUUGUCACUGCCAAAUAUGUCAACGCAGAUUUCGAGACAUCGGUGAGCUCACGCGUCACCUGCAGAGUCAUACAGGAGAAAAAAAAUCACUAAUCUAAAGUUCGCAAUGCACUUUCCUGAACCAAGCAUUUUUCAGCGUCGUAUCCUUGCAAAACACGUUAAAGGAUAAUGGAGAUGCGGGAAACGGACUUUCACGUGUUUCACAGAAGUUGGACCGCAAUAAUUUUGUCAAAUAAGGUGUAUACAAAGGGAAAGUAUAGUGACGAAGAUUACUGAUCGUGUACAGAGAUCAUGUUUUUCCAAAGAUCGUAUUAAUGUUUGAGCGUUGUCAACCGGUCAUGAAGGGUAUGUUCAGAUGGAGUUUUUUGGGCGUUGGAUUUCACAAAAUUGCCUCCCAUUUUGUUUUCAUGCGGACGAGGAUUUUUCACAUGUGGUUUUCCAGACCAUGCCAACAAUGUACAGGUCCAUUAUUGGCACGGGUUCCUCGCAAAGCUACAGUUGGAGCCUGCUUGUGGUUUGGCUCCAUUCAGUGGAGCUAAAGUGAGAGCGGAUCCGCGUCAUUCAAAAAGAAAACCCACGGCAACCCAUGUACAAAAUCCCUCGCGUGAACCUAACCUAAAGGGAACCUGCCAUUGACCCAUCUAAAGUUCCACCACUACCCUAUUUAGAGAGCCAUGUAUCCACGUGUGAAACAGUUGAAUUGGUUUCGAAUUUAGCAAAAAUUCGGAUUCCAGACGAAUGCGAAUCUUUUGCGAUUUGAUCCAGACUAAUCUCUCGAAAUGGCAUCUACCAUUUCACAGGUCAGAAGAAGAAGGCAUCAUUUGUGGACCAUGUUUUAAUUUUAAAAAUAAAAUCUGACAGUGUAGUGAGUUUUUAUAAUAGUAGUAAAGGACCGGCACUCACUUUUGUAGUCUUGCAAAUAUUUUCUUUAUUGCCACAUGUUUAUAUUUGUGACGCGUUUCGGCACAGACUGUGCCUUUGUUAAACG